AUGAUACAAACUCUUGUGAUUCAAAAUACGAAAAGUAUUUUAAUUCAACGUAUACUUGAUUCUUUUAAAACUAAAUCAUCUGAUAGUACAACAAAUACAUCAUUAUCAUCUAUAAAUGAAAUAAAAACGUCGUGUCAAUCACAAAAUCUUUCAAAUAAAAUUUAUAUAAAUUUUAAGAAUAAAAAUGAAUUAGGUAUAAAACCACAUAUCGAUGAUCUAUUAGAAAUAAUCGAAUAUAAUAAAAAAUGUUUAUGUCAUUCAAUUGAAAUUAUUUUUAAUAAUCAUAUUCUUAAUCAACAAUUAUCUUAUAAGCAAAAACAAUCAAUAUUACGUAUUAUUUUACGUCGACAACAAAUUUUUAAUCAAUAUUUUUCUUAA